AUGUUUUGUUCCCGCCUCCUCGGAAGUAUCUGCGGAAACUAUAGCGACUUUCUGGCACGACGGGUGGCAGUUGGCUAUAAAGCUAUGCUCUCUGCUGCCCUUCACGCCAAGACGCUCCGACUUGGAGACAUAAAGGUUCCAGGAGAUGUCAAUAUCGCUACGUUGGGGGAGGUGGAUACCCAAGUCAUGUUCCAAGGAUCACACCUGCUUCUUGAUGUGUGGUCAUAUCCGCUUCAAGUGGUUUUGUGUCUGGCAGGACUUUUGUACCUUUUGUCCUGGCAAGGAAUGCUUAUUGUUUUAGUUAUCGCGCUUUCAAUGUACCCGAUUCUCGGAUUCAUCAUUGGAAUCAUGACGACAUGGAUUAUCAAAGGCAUGGCCGCGAAAGACAAGAGGAUCAAGCUCACCGGCGAGGUGUUGGGAUCGAUUCAAUCUAUCAAGAUGCACGCUUGGGAGUCGGCUUUCACAAACACGUUGGCUGAAAAGCGAUCGGUCGAGCUGAACGCACUACAGAGUAUGGCAAUCUCCAACGCUUGGCUUGUCUCUUUAAUGCAAACCACUCCUUCCCUCCUCACCAUUGCUGCAUUCGGGGUUAUCCUUUGGAAGGGCCAAGUGAUGGAUAACCAGCUCAUCUUUGCCAGUAUUAUGCUGUUCACAAUGUUCAGUUCCAGUCUGACUCAGAUGUCUACUCUGGCAACGACGAUACAGGUCAUGAAGACAUCCUUGGACCGCAUUCGAAACUAUAUGAACCUGCGAGAAACAAAUCUAGCACCACUGGGAGAGCCCAGAAACAGCAGCCAAGGACAAGGACAGUCUAUCGAAAUCGAAAACAUCAAGCUGCAGUGGCCUGGUGGCGCUCGGAUCCUGGAGAGCGGUACCCUUGAUAUCAAGAAGAGAAGCCUUGCUGUGAUAACUGGAGCCACUGGGUCCGGGAAAUCGACGACUCUGCUCUCCUUGCUCAGAUACAUGGAACUCAAUCAGUCACGCACAGAAAAUCUCCAAGUAGCCUACUUGCCGCAGCAACCGUUCUUGGCAAGCGGCACAGUUCGGGACAACAUCUUGUUUGGAAAAGACUAUGAUCCUGACCUCUAUGAAACGGUCGUGGAAGCAUGCUGCCUUCGACCAGAUUUUCAGCGUCUUCGCCAAGCUGACCUCACUCCGAUAACUGGCUCCAUUGCCCUGUCUGGCGGCCAGAAGACUCGAAUUUGUCUCGCUAGGGCUGCGUACUCUCAGGCAGAUGUUUACAUCCUUGAUGAUCCACUGGCUGCGGUAGAUGUCAAGGUUCAAAGACAUAUUAUCCAGCGUUUACUAGGCUCGCAAGGGCUUUUGGCGAAUACUACGAGAAUCAUUUCCUCCAGCACCCCGAUGCUCUUGAGGGAAGCUGAUUCGGCGUAUGUACUUGAUAAAGAGACAUUACAACGCCGUACGCUUUCCGAUGCACCUCUUGUGGAGGAAUCAUCAACAGAGAUGGCCAUCUCUAGUUCUGGAUCAGACACAACAGAGGUCGGCAUCACGGAGUCUCCUAGUGAGGCUCUUGACCAACCUGUUUCUUCGACAUCAUCGUCGCCCAAGGCCCAAAGCUUGAUACCUAACAACGUUAAAUCCGGUCCCGAAAACACCUUUGGUGACAGCCACCUCGAACAAGCUGUCCUCGAUGUACCCCAAACUUCAACCGAGUCCAAGUUUUGGAAGCAUCCCAUAUGGACAUACGUCCUUGCGGCUGAUAGGUUUGGAUGGCCUAUUACGAUUUUCCUUCUCCUUUCCGGCAGACUUGUUUCAAUCUUUGGCACUUAUGUCCUGAAGAUGAUGUCGUCGGAGCCGACGCCAUCACGUCUAAGAUGGGACCUCGUCCUAUUCGCUCUCUUCUCCAUGGCCCAAAUGUUGCUUUUCUUUAUGUUCAUCGUCUCGCUAUACAGGUUUUGCGUCAUCCCAGCCUCGACCAAAAUACACACAGGCUUGGUGAAAGGUGUCCUCUCACGUCGGAUGAAUUUUUUCUCGGUCGUGCCCACUGGCGAGAUCCUCAACCUCUUCACGAACGACAUCGCCCGAAUCGAUGGAUCUCUCACAGGGUCCCUCAUAUCACUUAUUGCCCAGUUUGCGAACCUCCUCCUCUCCUGCGUCGUCCUUAUCGCCUCUACGCCCGUUAGUCUCGUUUUCGUGGUACCCUUGAUCUUCCUCUGCUUCCACCUGCAGCAGUUCUAUCUCGAAAAACUUCGCGAGCUUCGGCACAUGGAUGUCUCAUCUCGCGCACCUCUCCUCAGCUACAUCCAAGAAGCAAAUGAUGGCCGAGUACUCUUCAAAGUCCACAACUCCGGAAGCCUUCGCCUCGCCAAGUUCCAGGAGAUGCUACAGACCAACCUACGUGCUUUGUUCCCGCUAGCCUGCAUGGACGUAUGGAUAGCCGUCCGCCUUCAGAUCCUCUCCGUCACCCUUCAGGUACUCGCCGUCGGCGCCUUGCUCGCCUCAUCGGUUGACCUUAGCACUCUCGGCUUUGUCAUGACAUACGUAUUUCAAGUCACAACUAUCCUGGGAAACAUCGCGCGCAUUAGCGCCCUGUUUGAAGCAGAUUCUGUUUCAAUUACGCGCAUCAAGGAGUAUGCCAUCCUAGGCAUCCAAGAAAGCAAGGAAUUGGAACCGGAGGAGAGAUACAGGGACGAGGUCGGAGAUGGUGAAGGUCUCUCCGGAAAGUGGCCAACAGACGGAAAGAUUGAGUUUCGAUCCGUCAGUGCAAGAUACCGUCCCGGAUUACCCUUGAGUCUGCACUCGCUCAACGUCACGAUAUCACCAGGAGAGAGAGUUGCAGUUGUAGGACGAACAGGAGCUGGAAAAUCAUCGAUGAUAUUGUGUCUAUUAGGCAUGAUGGAUCAAGUCAGUGGAGAGACACUGGUCGACGGCGUGGAUAUCGCAACGGUUCAUUCAUCCAAACUCUUACAUUCACUCUCCAUCAUCCCCCAGAGCCCUGUCAUCUUCUCGGGAUCUGUCCGUGGGAAUCUCGACCCGCUAAGUCUCUACACUGACGAAGAAAUUAUUCAAGCUCUGAAACGCUCGACGGCGAUGCAAGCCUUAGAGAAAUUGUCUAACCGGAAGCGGGGUGAUAUGAGCGAGCCUACGAAACUUCUAGAUAUUGACCUCGAUCCUAGAUCCAGUCUUUCUUCCGGAGAGAUUCAGCUCCUAGCGCUCGCACGCACCAUGCUUCAAGAUUCAAAGAUCCUGAUACUAGACGAAGCGACUUCUAGUUUGGACCACGAGACUGAGAACCUCAUCCACGAAACCAUUUUCGGACAGUUCAAAAACACAAUCGUUGCUGUCAUGCAUCGGCUUGAAUUGACCGUCAGUCACCCUCGCCCAUCACUUCUACGCUUCACAGAGCACCCGCCUUCAUGGAAUUCAAGUUAA